AUGGCGAGUCUCUCCGCCGACGCCGAUGCCGCGUCACGCAGCAGCUCGUCGCACCCCGACGCCCACAGACGCCCGCCCGCCGACCUCGUGCAUCUCUCGGCCGCCGACUGCAGCAUCGGCGACGACAGCGGCGCCGUAGCCGCCUCAUCAUCCCUCGCCGCCGAACCCAUCGCCACGUCCUCCUCCUCACACCUCCCGCCGCCGCCACCACCCUUUGAGCCCCUCUUUGCGCUCCUCACGAACACCACGACCAACACCACGGUGCACCCCCGCGUGCACUACCUCUUCGCCGACGACGACGCCUCCCUCCCCACCACCGCCACCACAGCCACAUCCUCACACCGCAGCCUCGUCGUCGACCUCGCCCCCACGCCCGACCACGACGCCUGGGCCGUGUCGUGCGCGUCCAGUCUCGGGUCUGCCUUUGCCGUCACCGCCGCCGCGCUGUCCAAGCAGCAAGCCGAGAACAGCAGCAGCGCGGCGGAGCCCAUCGCCGCCACCUCGGCGCCUGGUGCCGCCGCGCCGGCGCUGAUGCUGCAUAUCGCGGGCGUCUCGCGCGAUCCUGUAGAUCUGCGCGCUUCGGUCGAGGCGGGAGCAAGCGGGGCGAGCCUGCGCUCGUCGGCGGCGAGCGCUGCUGUGGAGGACCUGGAGGCGCUGGCGGACGACUUUCGCCGCCGCAUGGGUGUGCUGAAGAAGGUGGUUGGCGAGGGGGAGAAGCGUCGGGCUGUCAUGGCUCACCACAACCGCGAGGAUGAUGCGGCGGCCGGGAGCCAUGAGUUUCACGACCCUGGCGCGCUUCGUUCUGGAACGGCGAGCCAGUCCCACGAUGUAGCUACCGCGACGGCAGCGGUGGCCAGCUCGUCGUGA